AUGUCACUGUGCGAUGUGGAAUCAGAGAAUUUAGCUGAGAUCACGCAAGAAUUUAGUGCGUUUGAGCUACUUUGGUCUCUUUUGACCCAGAAUCGUGAUCUUCUCUACGACCUCUCUGAUCUCGUUCAUUACUCCAAAGUAAAUAAUAUAAUUCAGCAAAAAAACGCUCAAAAUAAGCGUAAAAAACCUUCAAAUGCAGUGAAUAAUCAAGUUUCCCCCAAUCCAGUUAUCAUUGUUCCCGAACUAACCCUAGAGGAUUACUUAGAGAUCCUACGGGAGUUCGUGGACCACUUAAGAACAUUAGAACCAAAGUUAAAUGAAAUAGAAACUCAAGAAAUCGUUGAAACACUUCUCAAAAUUAACAGUGAACCUCCUGAACCUGUUCCAUGUGGUUUUGAAGAGGUUAUUUUGGAGCGUUUUUCUGACGGAGUUACUCUCAGAAAUCAUGAUAAAAUUUCUAGAAUUUUAUCGUUUCUCGACGUUGACUCUCUAUUGUCACUCUCUUUAGCUUCAAAGAAGACUUUUUAUGCAGUCAAAGUUCACCUAAAUAAGGAACUGUAUCAUUUACCUUUCAAUAAAGACAGUAUUUGCACCAAUCUCAUUUUCUGGAUUGAGGGAAUUGACUUUUUUUUCAAGUCUACAGGGACUCUAAAACCUAUUGAUAGAACUGAGUACCAGCCGAUCUCCAAACAUUUGAACACUGUGAAGUCAAUGUUCCCAGUGCCAAAUGACUCAAUGUCUUCACAAGUUCACGUUACCAUAGAUUGCCUACAGCCUCACUAUAUAGUUUACUGUAACCACUCCAACCCAAUGUCACACACUUGUUCUUCAUCAAACGCACUUGAUUGGGAUAAUAAUGCCACUACAAAGAUAAUAACGUGUUCUGAAUUUAUAUCAGAGUAUAAACAAAGGCUUCAGGUCAGAGAUGACCAGCUUGUUUGGUCCUUCAACCCAAAUAACAUAAACCCUAAAUCCCUUUGUCUUCUACUAAAACAUUAUUUGGAGACCCUUAGUGAAUGCAUAUUAAACCAUGACGGCCAAAUAGAGUUUAGAAGAACUGAACUCAUUUCCAGUGCCAAACAUGGGCUUGUUCACAGAAUUUGGGUCCAGUUAUCUUUGAAAUGGGACUUUAGGUUCGGUCCAAGACCUCAAAAUACACUUUAUCUCACGAUUGCAGACCACUUCAGACUAGAUACAUAAUCUCAUCACCACAACUAGUGGGUUAGAGGGGUUACUUAUCUUCUCCUAUAAAUAUGGUGUAAGGAUCUACAUAAACGCUUUUAUUCUCGACAUCAAUGUACUUUACAGUUUCAUUUCUAACUAAAGGCACAUAAAAACGUCUGAUUGGUCUUUUAAUUUCAUUUUCCGCUA